UUGAAUAGUGUCCCUCUCCAUUUCCACCUCUGCCACAUCACAACCUGCCUGAUCAGCUUGCCACCGUGUAAUUCUUGGAAAAGAAACUUAUUUGGCCUGAAAAAUUAGAAACUGAGGGAAAAUAGGGGGGAAACCAAAAUUGGAAAAAAUUAGGGUUCUCUCUCCCCAAACCCCCGCACCACCACCUCCAUUACCCGAUUCCCUUCUCUUCCCUUCGCUUUCCUCCUCCACUCCGUCACGGAGGACCACGCGCACGUCUGUCGCGGGUUCGUUCUCCACUCCGUCGCCGCCACCUUGCUGCCUCUAGCGCCGCCAACGGGCGCUCCUCUUCCUGCGGUUCCGUUCUCCACUCCGUCGUCGCCACCUUGCUGCUGCUAGCGCCGCCAACGGGCUCCAACCUCCUCUUCUCUACUCUUCUGUGCAGAGCGAAUUGUCACACCACGCUCCUCGCCGGUUCCAGUGCCAUUGCAAGCCCUUUGUGCAGAGGUUGCACAUUGAAUUAGUAUUCCCUUCCAACCCAAGGCGGGCAAGUGAGAGCUUUGACCUUAGUGUGUUGUUAUCAUGAAGCGUUCCAAGUCACAAGGCGGGCAUCAGGUACGCCUAAGGAAUAAGUGUGGAACCUGCUACAUAUUAAGAGCCAAUAACCAGUUGAGAGACCCGAAAGCAGAUAAGCGUUUGACCCAAUUGAUAAGUCAACGAAUUGAGGCUACGCCGUUCAAAUGGUGCUUGUACCUAGAGGAAAAAAUAAGUAUAUCUGGUAUAUUCUUGAGAGAAUUGAUUAGCAGGUGGUCACCAGACGGUGGUGGAUUUAGAGUAGGAACUAGGGUUAUACAUUUCACUCCUCUAGAUGUAUGCUUUGCGCUUGGGUUGUGCAUCUCAGGUGAACCAGUGGAGCGUAAUGAAGAAGCAGAGUCUCAAACUAGAGCUUUAUUUGUUGAUGAUCGCGUCACUUUGGAGGUGAUAUAUGAAAACCUAGAACUCUGUAUGAACGAAGGACGUGUGGAUGAUUUUUGUAGGUUAUACAUCAUUCUUGCGUUUGCGGAUUUCUACUUUCCAAAUACAUCUGACUUUGUGAACAUGAGUAUGUUUAGACUAUUAGAUGAGUUGGACUCCCUUCAUCGGUAUAAUUGGGGUAUGGCAGUGCAUGACAAUUUAGUGUUUAGUUUGAAUCGGGCUGCAAAAAACUUCAAUGAGUCCAAGAAUAGUGAAGACUUAUGGGUUUCAGGUUGUGUAGCUGCAUUGCAGGUGUGGGCAGUUGAACACCUACAAAUGAGGCCAACAAAUACUAUGCAUGACAUUAAGUUUCCACGGGUACUGAGUUGGGUCCACCUUGGGAUAAAGAAGAGGUUAAUAACUUGUGCAUUCGACAUAAUGUACAAGAAAACCUGGUUAUUAGCAAUGAAGAUCGUGACUACGAUGUUUUAAGGGAAGCCCUUGCAUUGACAAAAGAUGGUUUUUGUGAAAUCCCAAAUCCGUCUUUUGCCGUAGAGGGUUGCCAUUAUGGGUAUCAAGUGCUUGAGGAGGAAAAUAGACAAUUGAAGGAGCAAGUUGUAAGGCUGGAGAAGGAUGUGGUCUUCAUUAAAGAAAUAUUACGUGAACAAGGAUUACUAGGUCAAGAAACAAAUCGAGGUUCGAUGUCAUUGUCGCCAACAAUAAAGGUAGAAGAAGACAUCCUGCAAAAGGUGUAUAAUUACUACAUCAAAAGAAACAUGACGAGAAAUACGAGAUCAGCCUCAUCCGAGUACAAAUCUGAAGUUUUGGUCCGCAUGUUCGAUCAACACUUAACACGUGCUGAUGUUUAUUGCAUGAGACCAAGAGAAUGGGUGAAUAACUUUAUCUUCAUGCUUGCUCCAAAAUUUCUCAUGGCUGAGCAAAAAACAUUAAACAACAAUCUCAGCCGUUACAUUUUUUGUGCUUCACUUGUUGAAGAAAUUAGUAGUGAAUUAGCUGCUUUUCAGAGUGGGACUCAGGUAUGUUGGAAUGAGAAGAAGCUGUUUUCAUCUAUAGUAAAUGAUAUUGAACUUGUCAACACAAUGAGGCAUUGCAAAUUGGUAUACUUCCCUCCAUAACAUGUUCAGUCCCGCCAAGAAAUACAGCUACCGAAAUUGUGCAGCUUGCCAAGACGCUAGCAUGAAGAGUCCCGUUGUCGAUCUAACCUGUUGAAGGAAUCCCGUUCGUCGUUGUUCCACUGAUAAUUCCCUUGCCUUGUGCUACAUCAUGAAUCCAUAUAGUGAUCAACCUCAUGUUAGUCAGUCAAUUGAGGUUGAUGCAGAAGUACAUUGCACGGUGGAGGAUACGGUGUCCUCGCCCAAAGCAACAUUGGGUUCACAAUCUGAAGAACAAGAGAUUAAACAAGGCAUGUCUUUUGUGUCUGUAGAUGCACUGAAAACAUUCUACCGUGAUUAUGGUAUUAGAAAGGGGUUUGGAUCAAUGGUAAGAAACUCUAGAAAGGGGAAAGAUGGUAAAUUGAACUACAUUAUACUUGCAUGUUCAAGAGAAGGAAAUUAUGUUUCAAGCAACUUGGUGGGAAAAGAGAGGCGUGCUCUUGGGAAGGAAGGGGAUGGAAAGGCAUUGUUAUCUUAUUUUACACAAAUGCAACAAAAAAAUAGUGAUUUCUUUUACGAAAUUGACUUGGAUGACAACCUUUGUGUUAGAAAUGUGUUUUGGGCUGAUGCAAGAAGCAGGGAAAUGUGUAAGUACUUCGGAGAUGUUGUGUCAUUUGACACAACGUACCUGACCAAUAAAUAUGACAUGCCUUUUGCUCCGUUCGUGAGUGUCAACCACCAUGGGCAAUCAGUUUUGUUGGGAUGUGGGCUGAUAUCUUCGGAAGACACUAACACAUUUGCAUGGUUAUUUGAGACAUGGAAGCGUUGUAUGUUUGGAAUUCCUCCUCAGGGAAUUAUCACAGAUCAGUGCAAGGCCAUGAAAAAGGCCAUAGAGUUGGUCUUUCCAGAUGCCCGCCAUCGGUGGUGCUUGUGGCACAUAAUGAAAAAAAUUCCUGAAAAAUUCAAUGGUUAUGGACAGUACAAGGAAAUCAAGAAAGACAUGAAAGAAGCUGUUUAUGAUUCAUUGGAUGUCACUGAAUUCGAUGGCCAGUGGAACACAUUCAUUGACAAAUAUGGGUUGAGGAACAAUGAUUGGCUAACUGGCCUAUACUUGGAGCGGACAAGAUGGGUCCCAUGUUUUCUAAAGAAUUAUUUCUGGGCGGGGAUGUCAACCACACAAAGAAGUGAAAGCAUGAAUGCUUUUUUCGAUGGAUAUAUAAACUCCAAAACAUCACUCCAACAAUUUGUGUUGCAGUACAGUAAUGCCCUCAGGGACAAGGCCGAAAAGGAGUAUGAGGCUGAUUUUCAAUCAUCGACCACAACAAUACACUGUGCAAUAACUUCUGUCAUUGAGAGACAAUUCCAACAGCAGUACACUAAUCAAAAGUUCAAGGAGGUCCAAGCUGAAUUUAGAGGAAAAAUGAACUGUUUACUAAAAUUCUUGUUCCAAGAUGGUUCAAUAUGCCACUAUGAAGUGACGGAAGAGAUGUCUAUUGUGGGGCGUAUAAGGGAAGUAAAUUUCAAGGUUAUCUUUAAUUGGGAUGGUUAUGAUAUAAGUUGCACUUGUUUAUUGUUUCCGUUCAAAGGGAUAAUGUGCAGACAUUCAUUUCUGGUACUUGCAAAUGAAAGGGUGAAACAGAUUCCUUCAAAGUAUGUCUUAGAUAGAUGGAGCAAAAAUUUACGAAGAACACAUACCAACAUCAAGUGUAGUUAUAAUCUGAAACACAUGCAGCCACAGGUGGAAAGAUAUGAUAAGUUGUGUGAUGCUUUUCAUAAGGUUGCUGAGCUUGCAUCUGUUUCUCAUGAAGCCACUGAGUUGCUAACUGUAACUGUGCAAGAUGUUGGAGAGAAGGUGAAGGCAACGAUUGCUACUAGCCAAAAUCAACAAGCAGAAACUCAGACAGAACAUCCACAAGGUGAACAAAGUGCAGAUCAAAAUCAGGCUACUACCGAUGGUCAAGGUCUAAUUCGUAGUCCUGUGCGUAAGCCGCGCAGGGGUCGACCUCCAUUUGAGAAAGUAGUUAAGACAAAGAAGGCGGCAAGGAACCGUCGCCAAAAUGAAGUCAACAAUCAAGACUCCUUUCCAGUGGUCUCAAUCCCCGAACGGGGCGAAAGCUCGACUGUCAGAUCCUCAGCUCACAUAACAAAUUGCGGAGCACACAUAGCAACUGAUCUCAUGAUGACAAAUGUUGAUGCCAAUGGAAAUGAUGUAAUAUAUUCACAAAAUUGUUGGCCUUCACAGCUGUCAAAUGUUUCAACAACUGGUUUUGUGUCAUUACUUGCACCCAUUCAGACUGAUCUUAGUGCGAGUUAUAACGCAUAACAUUGCAGGUUGGCAGCAUAAGUUAUGGUUUUUAUAUAGUAUCUUUUUUGGCAAGCUGACCAGUAGAAUCAAAGACAAAAUAAUGUACAGCAAUAUAAAGAAUGUGUGAUUAACUUCCACAUAACCAUCGGUGUUUUUUUUGUAUAUUUUAUGUGUAAGGUAUAAUAUAUAUAGAAAUUUUUUGGCAAGGGAAAUGGCAAUGUUUUGUAUUAACUACAAACGUAUAGGGUUAUAUUCAAGGACUAACAGUUUGGCCACUUUGUACAUGACAAUGAAAUCAG